UCAGAUGUGUACGUUUUUUUACCACUGGUUUGUAAAGGAGAAAGCGAACCACUCUCUUGUUUCCAGCUCGACUGAUUAUGCUCAAACCAGACUGGUGCAGUGUAUUUUCCUCUUCAUCUACGUGAAUGGAGUUUACCGAUUAUCAAUAUAUGCACAUAUGAGCAGGAGGGAGAGUACGUACAUCUUCCAUUCUCGCAUCAAAGGAAUCUAGUCGUUUGAAAAGAGGAAGAAAAUAUCAUUCUCCACUUAUGAGGAUAAUUUUCUUUGGCAUCUUUUAAAACGGACUAAGGAACAUUAUAUUUUGUGAAGAUAUACCUCAGACGGCCAAUGCGUCCAGGGUAAGCUAUUACAGCAACAUGGAAGGAUACGGAUUAGCAUAUUUAUUGAUAGGGACAUUUGUUACAGUGUGUGUCUGCAAGAAUGUUUCUCCAGAAAGAGCUCAAGGGUUGUUCAGCGUGAAUGGAAAGGUCCAACAAGGAUACAUUGAUCAAGUUCUGAAUCCCAAUCGUCUCUCCGGGCGCCAUAACAGAACGCUGAAGAACGAAACGAGAAUGCAUUCGGGACCACAUGCUAAUGAAACAAGAAGUCGAAAACUGCCGCUCUAUGCGCCAAGCUAUAACGACAUUGGACCAAGUAAUCAUUCACAAGGUGAAAUGGCCAAUAUUGAUAAGCAUGAUAUAAAUCAGGAAAAUGCUAUUCAGUCGAGAGAGAGAAGAGAGGUGUUUAAUUUAGAUAGUAUACUGGAGAGUCCCAACCCUGUAACAAGCUUCCUUAACGUACUUAAACGAUCUCAAACCCUGGAUGAAGGGAAAUGUGGGUGGCAUUCUCACUUUGACUGGGAUUCGGAUGAUGUAGAGCACGAUGUGCUGUCUCAAAUCAUUGAUUUUGACUCAAUAAGAAACGUUAAUAGUACAGCGGUAUAUACUGCCAAUCUCCUUAACACCUUCUUUGGUCAAGGUAACCCUUCCCCAUCCAGCGUAUUUAAUAAGAAAUCACUUUACUUCUCACUUGUACGAACGAACGUAGAGAGUAAUAAAGAAAUAAUGGGCUGUUGCAUUUCAUUCGCAUACAUUGGAGAGGACUUGUUUUCUUCUUGUGCAUUUCGCAGGGGUCCUGGAAGCUCCACGAUUAACGAAAUAAAUGUUGAUGACGAUAAAGUUCAAAAUCACCCGAUUCUUAGUGGAAACGGUAUUUUAGAUGCACAUCCGUCCAUUGACAGGGCAAUCUUUCCCCUUCAAAAUCACAUUGUGAUCCGAAGACUAAAUGAGACUACCAAUGGAAUAUCAGAGAAUAUAUCUUCUUUCUUUGUGACUAGUAAGCAUGGAACGUGGUCAAAACCAUAUUUUGACUGCAAUAAGACAAAUCGCUGGUUAAUAAGCUAUUCGGUGCCGUUUUUCAACGCUUCAGAUUCGAUAUUAGGCAUAGUGUCCGUUGAUAUGGAUCUGAUGUCUAUGGAUAUCGACCAAUGCGACAAUGGAACAGGGAUUUUCGCUGGCACACACAAGUGUCGAAACACUACAACAUGUGUUCCUGUAUCAGGACGUGGGUUCUCCAGUGGUUCCUACCAGUGUGUCUGCAAAGAUCGUUUCUACUUCCCUGAUACCUUUGCGCCGGUAAAGGGCUUCAAUGGAUCGCUGGUUGAACAAGCUUGGAUACUAUCAAUAUCUCCACAACACCAAGGAGGUGUCGGAGCCGAUGCCUAUAUACAUGAUUUUGACUGUCGACCUUGCCGUGAAGGCUGUACCACCUGUGUGGAUGAUGCACCUUGCUUCGUGACUAACGAUGCCAUACUUCGAGCUGUCAUACUCACCAUGCAAGCUUUGUGCAUGCUCCUGACGAUUGGUUUGGUCGUAAUCAUCCUCAGAAAUAGAACAGCUAAGGUGAUUUGCUGUGACAGUCCGUGGAUGCUUGUCGUUCUCCUCAUUGGAGCCUUUGUUCUCUAUGCUGAGCUUAUCGCUAUGUACUUUGAACCAUGUGCACUGACCUGCUUCCUCGCAAAGUGGCUCAGAGGCUGGGGGUUUGCAAUUGCCUAUGGAAUGCUUGUCCUAAAAAUUUACAGGAAACUGGCCAUUUUCCAAACCCGAUCAGCUACUCGUGUUCUAGUGCGCGACCGUGAUGUCCUCAAGUGGCUCCUUCUUAUCAUCUUAGUUCUUUCGGGUUACCUAGCUGCUUGGACCACAUUCUCUGUUCAGAGUAUGCAAUACUGUGACGUCGAUAUCGUCGCUUUAGGGCAGGACGGGGAUGGAAUGAAGUUCUAUACGUGUGAAGUACGAUGGUGGGAUUACGUCAUAGAUGUCAUUGAAUUCCUAUUCCUUCUGUUCGCUAUCUACCUUUGUUAUGCGGUAAGAGGAGCUCCCUGUGAAUUCCACGAAACAAGAUAUAUCACAGUAGCCAUCUAUAACGAGACAAUACUUUCUGUCUUUCUACAUGUGCUAAGACAUUUUCUGUGGUCAACUACACCGCCUGACUGGACUUUUCUAAUGACCUUCAUUCAUUCUCAACUAACAAUAACUGUCAUGGUAUCAAUUAUCUUCAUACCAAAGCUGAUAGUGUUACACAAGCUGAUACAUAAUGAGGAGUUUCGAGAAAGAGUCAACUCUAGAGUGGUAUACGAUGCAGCUAGCAAGUGGCAAAACUCCACUUUCCUCAAACAAAAUUCAACGUCUAAUCCUUCUACCGACCAACACAAUUUCAAUGCAGAAGAUGUUCGGGAGGAACUAAAGCGACUGUACACUCAGCUUGAACUCUACAAGACCAAGUCUCUGAGGAUAGACAACCCACACCUACCUUCAAAGAAACGUUCCGGAGGGCCAAGAUGGCGACCUCCUCGUAGAUUCUCUCGGGGUCACAGCCUGCGUACUCACAGCGGUCACUCGGAAUCCGAGUUCUCUUCGGAAAUUGCUCGGAGCAACGAAAGCCUGACGAAGGCCGUCGAACUGCACGAUUACAGGCCGAAUCAUGUCGAUGGUUUAGAGGUCCACGCGCAUGUCAACCAAAAGUGGUCCCCUCAAUCAUGACAUCUUGCUGGAAACAUAUGAUUUCGGCAAUUACCUUUCUUAGUAAAUCAUCAUUUUACAGGAGCAAUGACCACAGCUAUGAAAUUAUUGCAGCCCAACCUUAUUAAAAACAUCAUCUUAUGACAUCCUUUUACCGCCAUAUUAACAAGUACUUGUAAUAGAUUAAAUCGCAAAUUAUACCGUGUACCAAGGGGUCUAUAAACUCAGCUGGAACUCUACAAGACCAAGUCACUGAAGAUAGACACUCUGACGAAGGAAUCGACUAGUAUAUCUAGUUUUUUUUCGCUUGAUGCGGCAACGCCAUCCCAUUCAUUAAUCCAGUGGAUACAUUAUAAUGCCCUGCAUGGCAAGCUGUAACGCAAUGAAAUUAUUUUAAACGAAUGUGUUGUGUAUUUAAAAGAGGAUUUCAAAACGUAUCUCCAUAUCUCACUAAAUGAUAAUUGUAAGAAACCAUGCAGUCCCAAAAUGUAAAGAUCCGAGGGGAGAUGAGGUGAGACAGAUCGAGGGCCUCACUGCCUCCCCAGAAAUUCUCUAGAAAAAAACCCCGCACAAACAUUGUACCAGAUUCAUCAAUUACUACUUAAAAAGGAAAACUGCGAUAUGCUUCAUCGCUUCGCUCCCCGCUCAAUACUGCCCGUCAACGAGGAGUCAUAAACCGAUCAUGACCUCAAUUCCAGUCAGGUGUGUUAUGCCGACUCAUCAGAUGCUGAUAUUUAAUACGUCAACCAUCUCUAACCACGUUAUACCUAUUAUAAAGAGUCUGAUAUACAACCCCGAAUAAUGUCAUUCAUUAUUAGAUGAUUAUUAGGUAUAUUAUGUUCUAACAAGCGUUUGUAGGAUUUUAACAUGAUUCCUAAUAAUGUUGGCGUUUAUUAAUCAUUCUAAACUGUAAUGAUAGUAAGUAGGGACUUACAUUAUCUGCAAUACACUCAUUUAUAUAUGAUUGAUUUCUGCUUCGUUCGAAAUUUGUACUCCAUGUAUUUUUGGUUUUCAUUAUGAAGGAACUAUAAGAAUAUAUUGCAUGUGUAAUUAUUUUUUAGACACCUCAGGGGAAAGAGAACGAACUGCAAAUAAGUGAUAUUUAAGGGGCUGUCACCAAGAGGGUAUAUCACUCGGUGGGUAGCUAAUAUCAAAUGCAUGACAGGUAUUGGUUGGUCUAUUUAAGCUUUUGUCGACGAUCUAUUUGGUCUUUUCCCACAUGGUCUAAUCCUGUAUGUCGUCUGAAACCAAUUCGUCUUCUAACCAUUUGGUCUAAUUGCCAUUUGGCCAUUUACAAUUUCUCUAAAGUAACACUCUAAAAACAAAUCAGUCAAAUUGACUAGACAAGUAGUCAGCUGGGUGCAAAGUCUGAUAUGCUAGUCACACUUCUGACAAAUAUCCUGGUUAGAAAUAACUCUCUCUAGUAACAUACGACUAGAAAAUAUUAAAAUAUGACUACAAUAACAGUAACACCCAGCUG